UUGUUUAUGUACAUAUACAUAUACAUAUAUAUAUGAACUUUGUGAAGCGUUUUGUGAAGAUAUGAGUCAAUGAGGUAAUAAGCUGGCGUAAGUGUACGGAAUCAGGACAAGCAAAGGAGGCUGCCCAUAAAUGGAGCUCACCAGGAACAGUAUUUCAGCAAACAUCUCAAACUCAACAAUGGCAUGCAGAUGUUUACUUCUGCCGCUCGCAUUCUUCUUCUUCUUCUUCUUCGUCUUUCCAGCAGACGCAGAAAGUCCUCGACAGGUCUAUAUUGUCUAUACAGAUGGUGGGUCUGCUGGUAAGUAUGCAACCAGCUCCGCUCAUUUGGAAAUUCUUGAGCAAGUUCUUGAGGACAGUAAUGAGGCUUCGGAAUCUCAUAUUUAUAGCUACAACGAGAUAUUCACUGGAUUUGCAGCUAGACUAACCAAUGCAGAGAAACAGAAGCUGGCCAGUGCGCAGAAUGUUGUGGCUGUUUUGCCAAGCAGAAAAUUUCAACUUCAGACUACUAGAUCAUGGGAUUUUCUGGGGUUGUCCACCACUGUAAAACGGAUUUCCCAGGUUGAAAGUAAUCUGAUUGUUGGAGUUUUAGACACCGGAAUCUGGCCAGGAUUAGAGAGUUUCCGAGAUGAUGGAUUAGGUCCUCCUCCAAAAAAAUGGAAGGGGGUCUGCCACAACAUAACCUGCAACAACAAAAUAAUAGGAGGAAGGUCGUACUACACCGGAGACCAACCUCUUGCUGAGGAAAGAUCUGUGAUUGAUACUGAUGGACAUGGGACACAUACAGCCUCAACUGUUGCAGGCAUGGAGGUGGGGAAUGCAGGUUUUUUUGGAUUGGCAAAAGGAACUGCCAGAGGUGGAGUUCCUUCGGCCAGGAUAGCAGCCUACAAGGUUUGCUGGAAGACAAUUGCAGGAGCCACAUGUGAAGAACAAGAUCUUCUGGCGGCUUUCGAGGAUGCUAUCAAGGAUGGAGUUGACAUGUUAUCAGUUUCCAUAGGUUCAAAUGAGACUAAAGAAUACCCUAUUGAUGGCCUUGCAGUAGGAUCUUUUCGAGCAAUGAAGAAGGGGAUACUGACAUCUGCAGCAGCAGGGAAUUAUGGGCCACAUCCUUCUACAGUCACAAAUGGUGCACCAUGGAUUUUGACAGUUGGAGCUAGCAGCAUUGAUAGAAAGCUUCUGGCGAAGCUUGAGCUCGGAAAUGGGCAAACGUUCAUGGGAGAUACAAUCAAUGGCUUCCCAACUCAAAGAUCUUUCUACCCAAUUCAGCUAGGAGAAGACGACAAUCAAAACGUUCUGAUUAAUAAUUCAACAAAAAGAAAGAAUGUGGUUUUUAAAUCAGUCAAAUCGGCACUGCUUGCAAUUAAAGUUGGUGUUCGAGGAGUAAUCUGGGAUGCAGAAGAAUUAUUCGUAUCACAAGCAUGCCAACUUCCUUUACCAGGUGCCUGUCUGAAUACAAGUGCAGUUGACAAAGUGAAGAAAUAUGUGAUUACAACCAAUAAUCCAGUGGGGAAAAUAUAUAAAAGCAUAAGCGUUCAUGAUCCAACAGCUCCACUAGUAGCGACCUUCUCUGGCAGAGGACCAGUUGAAGUUGCUCCAGACAUUCUUAAGCCAGACAUUACUGCUCCUGGGGUUGAUAUCUUGGCUGCAUAUUCUCUGAAAGCCACUUCAACACCUUUUCCAGAUGAAAAACGCCAUGCACCAUUCAACAUCAUCUCUGGAACUUCAAUGGCAUGCCCUCAUGCAACAGGAGCUGCUCUUUAUGUUAAAACAUUUCACACUUCAUGGUCGCCCUCUGCCAUUAAAUCUGCUCUAAUGACAACAGGUUAGAAGGAUUGCUGCAGGUUUAAUCAAAUUAGAGUUUACCUGUGGAUAGAUUAGACAUGUCAAAUGAAUGAAUUUGAAUGGUGAAAAAUAUUUCACUUUCAAAUAAGAGAUUAUUGAGUUCCAAAAAGGACUCAAGUCGCUUAUAAAACA